GGUCACACUGAUUUACAACCAACACCAAUGCAACUUUGCGUUUACAACAAAAUAUACACAAAUUAAAUUGUUAAAGCCGAUUUUUUUGGAUUGAAAGCGACGAUAUGAGCGGAACGCGUCCGUUUUGCUUCGUUUGCGGAAAGGAGAAGUCCGUGGGCGUGUUCCAGUUAAUAGAAGGCUGCAUAGUGCCAGGAACCUUUAAGCCCAUCAAGGAUAUCCUAAAAUACUUCGAAAAGAUCAUUAACCAGCGCCUGGAGCUCUCGCCCAACUCGGCCGCCUGCCGGGAUUGCCUGGAGUACCUGUUCAACUACGACAGACUGGUGCGGAAUCUCAGCCAGGUGCAGCGCCAGAUUGCGGAUGCAUUGUUGGGUUGCCGGCAGGUGGAGGGCAAACCGGAGGCCAAGCAACAGGCGGCGAAGAGAGCCAAGGUCCAAGUGCCGGCCUUUACGAUUAUCCAUGCCUCCUCGCUGAAGGAGCCUACGCUGCAGCCCUCGAAACAGGAAGUGGAGGAGGAAGAGGAAUACAUGAAGGAGGAGAUGCUGGACGAAGACUUCCGCUUCAGCGAGCCGGAUGACAGCAUGCCCUCCUCCGAGGAGGAGUUCUUCACCGAAACAACCGAGAUACCCUGCCACAUCUGCGGCGAGAUGUUCUCCAGCCAGGAGGUUCUCGAGCGGCACAUCAAGGCGGACAAUUGCCAGAAGAACGAGCACGCCACCUGCAACGUGUGUGGCCUGAAGGUCAAGGACGAUGAGGUCCUCGAUCUGCACAUGAACCUGCACGAGGGCAAGACCGAACUGGAGUGCCGCUACUGUGAAAAGAAGUUCUCCCACAAGCGGAAUGUCCUGCGCCACAUGGAAGUGCACUGGGACAAAAAGAAGUACCAGUGCGACAAGUGCGGCGAGCGGUUCUCGCUUUCUUGGCUCAUGUACAACCAUCUGAUGCGCCACGACGCCGAGGAGAACGCCCUGAUCUGUGAGGUGUGUCAUCAGCAGUUCAAGACGAAACGCACCUACAAGCACCAUCUGCGCACCCACCAAACGGAUAGGCCACGCUAUCCAUGUCCCGACUGCGAGAAGUCCUUCGUUGACAAGUACACCCUGAAGGUGCACAAGCGCGUCCACCAGCCGGUCGAGAAACAGGAGACGGAGGAGGCCAAGGAAUCCACCACAGCGUUCUUUUAGGGUAGUCCUUUGCUAGUUUAAUCUAAGUAGCCCAGCUUAUGGGUACAUAAGUGCGCGUAUGUAUCAUAAUAUUAAAUCUAAACAAUCAUUGAUGGAAA